AUGCAGCUCUGCAUCGCGUUGUGGUGCGUGGCUUCCUUGACAGCUUCGUCCACGUCCGCAUGUACCCUUGUGGGAGUUGGACCCAAGGCCACUGUUGAUGGCUCAGCCCUCGUCAGCACGACGAUGGACAGCAUGUGGAUACCAGUGGACCUCCGCCUUGUCCGAGUUCCAGCCUUGAAUCACUCGGCAGGUGCUCAGCGAGCUGUGUACAACGAUGCCCUCCACCACGGCUACCCUCGCUUCGUGUCAACUGAACGUGGCCCGGGCUACUUGCCUCUGAAUGGCUCCAACCAAACCAUCACGACACCGUUAGGAACGAGGUCCAAUUGA